AUGCCUGAACAAUUUCGGCUUAUGAUCACCCGAGGAACUGAUUUCAUUGAGUGGACGAUGCAAGAAAUGUUGGAUGCGUUUGAGAAGGAGUUAGAACUGCGAGAGGCGCACGAAGCGGUGGCGACUAAAACGGAACGGGAGUAUGAAAGAAAUCAAAGCAGGAAACCAACUGGGGGUCUAGAUAACUCGACAGCGGCGGCGUUGCUGGCUGGUCAAGAGAAAAAGAGUUGUGCAUUCUGUUUAAAGAACCACGCGCACGACGAAUGUGAUGGAGUCAAGGAUCCAAAAACACGUAAGACCCUAGCUUUAAAGUAUGGUAGAUGUUUUCAAUGUUUAAUUAAGGGCCAUAGAGCCAGUAAUUGUAGUUCUAAAAUUAAGUGUCGAAAAUGCGACCGAAUGCAUCAUGUCGCCCUAUGCGAUGCGUCUCCGAAAGACGAAGAGACCUGUAAGAAUGAAGAAAUCCCAUCAACUAAGGUUAACAAUAAUGUAGCUAGCCCAUGUAAUAACUUGCUUGCCGGGACAGGUGGUCUGGUUGCCUUGCAAACUGCGCGCGGGGUAUUAAGGGGUGAGAGGGUGGCUAAGGUCCGGGUACUCUUUGAUGGGGGAAGUCAUCGCUCUUUCGUUACAUCGCAUGCAGCGAGUCUUGUUAAUCCACGGGGUUUAAGAAGGGAAUUUCUAGGCAUUAAUACGUUCGGUCAAAAGUGCACGAAGGCUGAACAAAGGGAAGUGGUCGAGCUUAAACUUCAGCCUGUUAAUGGGGAUAAGAUUAUCUCAAUAGAAGCAUAUGUGGUACCAGAAAUUUGCACUGUGCAGAAUAGUCACGUAGAAUUAGCUAGAAAGAAUUAUUCGCAUCUAGAGGGGGUAUGGUUCUCAGAUGUGGUGAAUUUUCAGGAAGAAUUAGAGGUAGACGUUUUGAUAGGGGCAGACUAUCUUUGGAAUUUCCAAACAGGUGAGACAAAGAAAGGUAAGACAGGGGAGCCCGUAGCUAUACAAACUGAGUUGGGAUGGGUGUUGUCAGGACCUUAA